UACUUUAUUUUGCUCAUGUUGAACUUUCCCUCCUAAUUUGAACUUCAGUCUUUCUCAGUGAGCAGCCGUGAACUCGAUUUUCCUCUGAAUCCACUCUGAAUCCCUUUCAUUGAUAUACUUUUUUUAGGAACACUUUAUCCUCCUUUUUUUUCUCUUUCAUUUAUAACUUUAUACUUUAUAAGGCACAACACAUUUUCAUCACAGAAAAGAUAAGUCGAGCUGAGAUGGCCUAUGAAAGAUGUCCUACUCUGUUCCUCGCCCUCCUGCUCUGCUUGUCCCCAUGGCCUGCCUCUGGAGGUUCAGAAACAUUUCAUCUAACCUAUAAUGGUGAUACUUGCGUUGAUGAAUGUCGGUAUUAUAGCUCUAAGGAAUACUACUGGUGCCGUACUCUAUCCGGCUGGGGUUACUGCUCUCCUCAGCAAGACAAGACCUACAAAAGGGAAAAUUGUCGGUCAGAUCAUAAAUGUGGAUUUUAUGGCUCUACGUAUAGCUGGUGCUACACAACAAACAACAAAGACUAUGACUACUGUGGACUUGUGGUUCCUAGAAUGUGUCCAAGAACAUCCCUUCAGCUAACCUGUAACUUCGAAAACUGCAUUAAUGACUGCACGUAUUCCAAGAAAAUGCACUCCUUCUGGUGCUAUACUAAAAACAGCUGGGACUACUGCUCUCCUAUUCAAGACUUCACCUACAAGGGCACACCUUGUCGGUCAGGUCAUGAAUGUGGGAGCCAUGGCUAUAGCUAUAGCUGGUGCUACACAACAGACAACAAUGACUAUGACUACUGUGGACAAAUUCUAACUCUCCCGCCAUGUCAUGAUGUUUCUCGCUUCAAACGAUCAUUAGACCAAAGGGGAAUCUGCAGAAUAGAAGGAACCGAUUACACAGUAGAGCAAACUAAUAAACUAGCGAACUGCACUCGGCGUUUGCGAAAGGAUGCAGAAGAAUUAAUCAAUCGAUGGAUUGGCAAACCUUUGCGUGAUAAACCGAAAUCGAAUUUGUUGACUUCAGACAAUCUUCGCAUUGACAUCCAGGGGGCAUUGGGACAUAAUGUCAACCUGCAAAUCCAGGUUAAUUCCCAACGAAGAAGAGGUGGGAGCACCUCACUGGCUCAGAUCAUAAUUCCUAACGAUGCCUCAGAUGAUGAGAUACGCACUGCCUUUACAUUGAGCUUAGAACUUCGGUCAAGGGUCAAAUUGGUAAGGGAAAAGUGCUAAAUAGUGGAAAAUCUGGCUCGUCUGGCAUAGCGGUUAAUCUAUCUCGGCACAAAUGCCACUUAAUUGGGAAAAGAUCCGGUGGUCUUAUCUGGUCAUAAUAUGUGGUAGCCGCAAGGCCACAAAGCAAUUAAAAGCAGAGCAACGGGUUCCAACAUCUGCGGUCGCCAUCAUUUCUCCCUCCAUGAUACUUGUAUGUGAGACCCUACAAUAACCUGCCAAAAUAUGCGUGAAUGCUGAUUCUAAUGUGACACAAUGUACAACCAUGUUAGUCUGAAUCCAGAAACACAAAAAGCAAAAAUACAGCUCAUCUUCAUGCAGAACUAAUGCUUUGCUGUUAAACUUAAUUAAACUAAACAGGCUUCUGUAACUUGCCUUAUGUUAUCCUAAUAUGUGUGCCUUGUAUGUUACUUGCUGUAAUUAUCGGCGAUCGCACACUGUAUCAGUGCGGUGUCACUAUUUAAUAAAAUCCACAUGUAAUCCAAUGUAACCUCAUAUAUCACAAACUGAAAUGUAUUAAUAUCCAACAUGGAGGGACUUCUUUCUCUCUCUGGCCAAGAGCUCUUUUUGCUGUCCUUGCAUUAUUUUCCCCUGGGGCGCCCGCUGUCUACAACUUACUACCUACUCUGCUAUCCUGCUCCAUCUGGACUCAACACUAUGAACACUGUGCCUGGGAGGCUACCAGUGUGCCAACCUCUCUGGCGUUGAAGCGCGUAAUUCGAUUUUGGGCCAUCAGAUUAUAAUCUCUGUUUUAUCUUCCUUUAUCUUAUUUUAUGUAAUUUUUGUAUCAAUGUUACACCACUUUAUUUGAGCCAUUUUUAUAAUACUCUUUUGAAUUGAAAAGUAAAAGAAAACCAAAGUUAAA